AUGAUAUCGACACGUUUACCGUCUUAUGGUAACAUUUUAAAUGACUUGCAUGAGCAAAAGGAUAGUGAGGAGUUUUAUCGACGACAAGAUGAACAUAUUCGUGAAUUGGGGAAGAUCGCAUCUACUACGGAGGCAGAAACCUCCGAUGUAGAAGUAACCUCCAAUCAUCAUUCUAUUAGGCGGCAAACGCGAAUUAAUACAAUGAUUAUUGGUGUUGUAUUUUGUGCCAACGUGGUACUUUUAUUGGGUAAAGCUGUAGCAUCUGCAUUAUCAGGGUCAUUAGCAAUCAUAUCAUCUUUGUUAGAUAGUUGUGUCGAUUUGGCUUCCGGUGGAAUCAUGUGGUUUGCUGCUCGUCAAAUGCGUAAAAGGAAGCCAUACAAAUACCCAGAAGGGAGAACACGACUUGAACCAUUAGCGGUGAUUGUACUCUCUGUAUUUAUGGGUAGUAUAUCUAUACAACUUGUAGCUGAAUCUGUACAAGCCAUUGUUCGUAUGUCACAAAAUAAUCAAGAGGCACCAAACGUUAAUGAUUUAGCAUUGGGAAUAAUGGCAUCCGUAAUUGUGACUAAACUAAUCUUAUGGAUCAUUUGUUUUAAAUUUGGUGGUGGAAUGGCUAUCGAUGCGCUUAAAACCGAUCAACGUAACGAUAUACUUACGAAUGCUGCAUCAAUUUUAUUUAGUGGUCUUGCUGGACGUUUACGUAAGAGUUUCUACUGUUUCACUACUUUCUAA